CAUCGCGUAGCAGACGGUAUCUUCACCAUUAAAUCUCCACACAAAUUUUCCCCAACUGUCAGAUAAUCACCUUAAAUGACCAUUAAUCCAGUUUGAGCCAUGACAUUCAUCGACAAUUUCUGUGAUUUGUGAUUGUGAAAAAUGUUUUGUUUUUUUCAAAUCCGUGAAAUGCAAUCAACAGUUGGAGAUAGGACGAACAAGUUUACGAUCUCAUUUUUGUGGAAUUUUUUAGUCAGGUGUGCUGUUGGCUGAACCACAUCUGAUCUUUGUACAUCGCGCUGAGAGUUUUUUAUUUAAUUUUUCGCGGCUAUCGAAAUUCUGGAAAAGAACUCAAGUGAAUCCAUGGGAAGGGACUCUAAAUCAAUUGGAAAUCGAAAUGCGAAAUUUGAAAUUUUCUAACGCCAUCAGGAGCUGACUGUUAAUCAGCGGCCCUGAGAUGAGUUUCAAAAUGGAGAAGCUCAACGCUCAUGCCAAUAAUCGAGGCAGGAGUCGUUCACUGAGUGGACCAUGCAAGGAGCCUCUGUUACCGAGUAAACGCAAUUCGUAUAGGAUGACACCGACCGGUAACCGAUCACGCACCGUUUCGGAAACAAAUACACCUGCUGCCUUGACAGCACCUCUCACCGGUGAUGAUUGUCAGGAGGUGACGAUUAUUGAUGAGAAUGGUGAUGGGGGACGUCUACCAGACGUCGUCGCCGAGAGCAGGCUCUGCGGUGACAACAACGACGAGCCCGUGGAAUCCUAUCUCGCUAUUACAAUUCAAGUAUUUAUUCCAUUUCUCGUUGCUGGACUUGGAAUGGUUGGAGCUGGUCUCGUUUUAGAUAUCGUUCAGCAUUGGGAGGUAUUUGAAAAAGUAAGUGAAUUAAUGAUUCUGGUACCGGCACUAUUAGGAUUAAAGGGAAAUCUGGAGAUGACUCUUGCCUCUCGCCUAUCAACCCAGGCCAAUCUUGGAAAUAUGGAUGCACCCAAGCAACAAUGGUACAUGAUCGUUGGAAAUUUAGUACUGAUUCAGUGUCAAGCAAUCGUUGUGGGAUUCCUAGGAUCAGUGGUAGCAAUUGUGAUGGGUGCAUUUAGAAAUGGCACUGUAUCAUUAGACCACACUUACCUCCUCUGUGCCAGCAGUCUUGUCACAGCUUCCCUAGCAUCAUUUGUUCUCGGAUUAAUUACCGCAGGGGUAAUUGUCUUCUCUCGGCAUUGCCACAUUAAUCCUGAUAACGUUGCAACUCCAAUAGCUGCAAGCCUCGGAGACAUCACUUCCUUGGCCCUAUUAUCCUGGAUAUCCACGAUCCUCUACGAGGCAAUUGAUAAACAGGAUUGGCUAGCACCCCUUAUCAUCGCGUGUUAUAUUCUUAUCACUCCUCUGUGGGUGUGGAUUGCCAAGAGAAAUAAAUACACCAAUGAUGUGCUUUACUCGGGCUGGACACCGGUCAUGGUUGCCAUGCUGAUUAGCAGCUGCGGUGGUUUAAUUCUCGAAUUUAUGGUCUCACGUUUUGAGAAUCUCACAGUAUUUCAACCGGUGAUAAAUGGAGUCGGUGGAAACUUGGUGGCAGUCCAAGCAAGUCGAAUAUCCACUGCCCUCCACAAACAAGCAGAUCUUGGAACACUUCUGAUUCCACCGGGGCAUACCCAUCCUGUCAUCUUCAUCACUCCAAUCGCCAAUUUCUUCGGCAAAGGUUUACACGCGAGAACGACGCGGGUUUUGAUGGCCAUGGUCAUCCCUGGCCACAUAAUAUUCAUCUACAUGAUAAAAUAUAUGAAAGACGGUGACACAUCGCUCACAGCACUAUUUGUCUUUGUCUAUCUUUGUGCUGCAAUGCUUCAGGUGGCAGCACUCCUUUACAUUGCCUAUAUCAUGAUCCACUGGAUGUGGAAAAGAAGAAUUGAUCCGGAUAACUCAGCAAUUCCUUAUCUAACUGCCAUGGGAGACCUCCUAGGUAUUAGUCUCCUCGCAAUAGCUUUCCAAUUUUUGUAUCUCGUUGGUGAUCAGGAGUACGACGACGAAGGCCUCAAGCCUUAGAAAAAUCCCGGACUUCCUAGAGUAUUGCUGAAUACACCAAGAGGAAUUCAA